CCCUUCCCGCAGUCUCCUGGUGAAGCAAAAGAGAGGCUCUCCGUAGAUAUGCUCCAGGGGCGCGGGCGGCUGUGCCUAAAGGUUUGUUGGAGAAGGACCUUUGAUAAGGCUACGUGGCUGUGGCGAUUAACGCUUCUCCCCGCCCUAGUCAUUCCUAAGGUUCCGCAGGUCUUGAAAGUGACAAGUCUAUCAGCCCUACCCGGAAGCCAACCUCCAUGUCCCGGGGGCGUGCGCUGGCCGGCCGGCCGGCCCAAGUGUCCGUUUCAGAGCAUUCGCGCUGGGGAGCUCCGGCCAGAGCGGGUCCGGGCGUGUGCGCGUCUAUUAGGAGGCGCGCGGUAGUGAUGGCGGCGCUCAGUGAGGCUUUCCUGUCACUGGAUACUACUACUCCCAGCCCUCCUCGAAGCCGCCGGAGAAGCCCCCAGGUCUUUAGUUUGCAAGUAGCAAUUUGACUUGCUUUGCUGCAUGUCAAGAGGGACCGUGGAAAGUGUGGAGACGCCCCGGGGAUUAAGCGAUCGCAGCUUACAAAGAAAAAAAGCCAAACAAAUAAACAAAACCCACCCACCCUAGCAAACAUGAGGCUGCUGGAGAGAAUGAGGAAAGACUGGUUCAUGAUUGGAAUAGUGCUGGCGAUCGCCGGAGCUAAGCUGGAGCCGUCCGUAGGGGUGAAUGGGGGUAAGUCUGCCCCUCCGCACGCUCCACCCAGUGUGACACAGUGGAAAAAGCUGGCAUGGUUAAUGGGUUUGAUUCUGAUCUUCAAGGAGCUGACCAGUGCUUUGGUGCAUAUCAGACUGCAUCUUUUCAUUCAGAUCUUUACACUUGCAUUCUUCCCAGCAACAAUAUGGCUUUUUCUUCAGCUUUUGUCAAUCACACCCAUCAACGAAUGGCUUUUAAAAGGUUUGCAGACUGUAGGCUGCAUGCCUCCCCCUGUGUCUUCUGCCGUGAUUUUAACCAAGGCCGUUGGUGGAAAUGAGGCAGCUGCAAUAUUUAAUUCAGCCUUUGGAAGUUUUUUGGGCAUCGUGAUAACACCCCUGCUACUGCUGCUUUUUCUCGGCUCAUCCUCUUCUGUGCCUUUUACAUCUAUUUUUUCUCAGCUUUUUAUGACUGUUGUGGUUCCUCUCAUCAUUGGACAGAUCGUCCGAAGGUAUAUCAAGGACUGGCUUGAAAGGACGAAACCUCCUUUUGGUGCUGUCAGCAGCAGUGUGCUGCUCAUGAUCAUCUACACCACAUUCUGUGACACGUUCUCUAACCCAAAUAUCGACCUGGACAAAUUCAGCCUCGUUCUUGUACUCUUCAUAAUAUUUUCUAUCCAGCUGAGCUUUAUGCUUUUAACCUUCAUCUUUUCAACAAGGAAUAAUUCGGUUUUCACACCAGCAGACACUGUGGCUAUCAUUUUCUGUUCUACACACAAAUCCCUCACACUGGGAAUUCCGAUGCUGAAGAUCGUGUUUGCAGGCCAUGAGCACCUCUCUCUGAUCUCCGUGCCCUUGCUCAUCUACCACCCGGUUCAGAUCCUUCUGGGCAGUGUGUUGGUGCCAACCAUCAAGUCUUGGAUGGUGUCGAGGCAGAAGGGAGUGAAGUUGACGAGGCCAACAGUAUAACGAAGGAAGCAUUCUUAAAGCAAUGUAUAUAUAUGUACAGGAUUGUACACACACUUCUGAAGACUUGUACUUGUGAAUGUUGCUUCGAUGCAUAUUUUAUUUUUUUACACAAAAAUAUGAUAUAACUGUUUAAGUGCCUUAAAAUGGAUUUGACAAGAACGUUAUUUCCAAAACCUACUUUGUUGGUUACUGCCAGGGAUGGUACAGUAUUUAGGAGUUGUUUAAUAUUUUUUUUUUCCCUCAUGCAGGCAGCAGUCAUCCUAAGUGACAAAAGCAAAUAUGCUUUUCUCGCCCCACCUUUGUGCAAUACAACUCUAUAAUAAUUACUGUACUGUUCGAAAUGAGGUCACACCGUCAGAGGCGUGCUCUUCUGAUAACAGUGAAAAAUUCCAAAGUCUUAUUCGCAAAUACUUUGAUUUCCUGUGUGAUUCUUUUUUUCCUAUGACUGUGACAUGCCACUUUCUUAUCAGCUCAGCAGGGGUCACUGAAUAGAUGCUGGAAAGCAUAAGUUACAUGCGUUUCUUGACAUCAUUUUUUUAAGACAUUCCUUCAAAUGCUUUCCACACAGAAAUUCCUCAGUUCCAUUAUAAGAGAUUGUGGUAUUAUAGGUCUUAAAUUUAUCAUAAGCUGCUUGAAAGAAAGAGCCUGAUAUUUGAGUUAUGAAUAAAGUCAGUGAAGUUUUGAGGUAAACUACAGGAUUUUUUAAAUUAUAUUUCAUGUUUUUCCUUUUUCUUUUAUAAUUUCUUUCUUUCCUGUUUUCCAACAUCCUUUCCAACAAACUCAUAACAGCCAAAUGUGAGACACAAAUAUGUUGUAAUCAGUUUGAGAGCAUCAACCAUUAAUGAUGGAUUAUAUUCACAUUCCACAAUUGAGACCAAAAAUUUUUUUCCUGUUACACAAAUGUGCUGAGCACAAAUUGCUCCUUUUUGCCAGAAGCAGCCUGUUACAUCCUUGAAUUAAGCACACUUAAGGCAUUUGAGACAAGUUAUUAAUGAGAAUUUCCUUGGCAGAUUUGACAAAUGUUUACAACAUUUUUUUUUAAAUUAAAUCAUAUUGCUCUUAUGAAUAAUGGAAAUAUGAAGGUCAUAGAUGCAAACAAAUAUUACAUAUACACAUUCUGUCUAGCCAAAUGACAAAAAAAAUGGGCACAGAAAAUGCAAAAUCAUUCAUUAACCAAAAUAUCAAGUAAAAUCACUUCCCAGUUGGGCAUCAGCUUUCAGAGGAGUAUCCAAAAUUUGCUUUUGCUAUGCCUGGAAGAACUUUCACUGGACCAAAAUAGAGAAUAAAGCAAUAUAUAGCAUUAAGGGAACACUUUUUCUCUGUUUCCUACAUACCGCUCUGUCUCAUCCUCUCUACAUGUCCUUUCUUGAUUUGACAAACGAUGUUGGCAUCUUGGGUCACACUGAGGCCGCACUCUGUCCUCAGCAGCUGUUUUGUUGUUGUUUUGUCAACAAAAAAAAUCAUUCCUUAGACACAUACCAAGUUUAUCAAUAGUGUUAAUUUAUAUUAUUGUUACUAGCAGGUCUCAUUUUGUGUUACUUCUGACUCAUUUCAAUAUCAUUGAACCUCAUACAUUUCAGAAGAGUUAUCCUCAGUGUCAAUUUUAAUUAAAGCUAGUGCCAGACCCUGCAAAAAUCUAUGCUAAACAGGCUGUUUGUCAAGAAUUUCUGCUGUUGAGAAUUUCACUUGUGUCUAAAACUACAAUAAUUUUGCUUGAUACUUUGGAUGCUUACAUAUGAAGCACAGAAAGGUUUUCAUGUUUUGUUCCUAUAAACUUCUUUGGAUUUCAGAGUAAUUGUCUGUCUGCCUGUCUGAGCUAUCAUAAAAGCUAGCAUUAGAAUACUGAUUUUUUUUCCCCCAACUUAUCUACCUCUAUUAUCAAACACCUAUAGUAGGUGUGUGAUUAUGGGAUAAAAUUCAAUGGAAAAUGCUAUAACAUUUUAUCUUUUGCUUUAAAACUGUGUUUCGAUUUCAAAUAGUCUUCUUUACAUGGUGAAUUUCGGUGGCUUUUGUGAUAUGUUUAUGCCUAUUUUUUAACACAAAUGCUAUGGCAUAUUUUUCCAUAAAGAGCAAAAAAAAUCAAAAUUUAUUUUUAAUUCAUGCUUAUUGGGAAUUAAUUACUUGUAUCUUAAAAUACUUUAUCAUGUUUAUGCACUCUCCAGCUAUCCAUUUUGAGAGCUUGUUUUGUCUAACUGUAUUUAUGAAAGAAAUACAUUAGAUUUUAUUUAUGUUUACUCAUUUUUCCACCUGGAUUUUUCUAAAUGGUUGUUACAAAAUUUGAUUUUUUUUUAUUGGGUAAUAAUGUUAAUCUUUUCAUGUGUUCUUUUCUAAGGUUUAAAUUUUUUUGUUUUUUGGUGUUUUUUUCCUAUUCUGUUUAAAACUAACACACCUCUGGCUAAUGUUCAGUUUUUGUUUAUGCUAAAUACCAAAUUUUUUCAAAAGGAUUGGUAAAGUAAUGAAGUGGAUUAUUUAUGAUGAAUGGGAAGAUGAAAAGAAUUCUAUGAUUAAACAAAGAGAUGUUUCAGAAA